AUGUCUACGGAAGAUCAGAAUGGUGUUCCCCUCCAAAGAGGGUCUGAAUUCAUUGCUGACGAUGUGACUUCGAACAAGUCCAACAGCACGAGGCGAAUGCUGGUGAAAGAGUACAGGAAGAUUGGUAGAGGUGCCUUUGGGACUGUUGUACAAGCAUAUUUAACUCAGGAUAAGAAAAACUGGCUGGGUCCCUUUGCCAUCAAGAAAGUUCCCGCUCAUACAGAGUACAAAUCUAGGGAACUGCAGAUUCUGAGGAUCGCAGACCAUCCGAAUAUCGUCAAGUUGCAGUAUUUUUUUACCCAUUUGUCUCCUCAGGACAAUAAGGUUUAUCAACACCUUGCCAUGGAGUGCUUACCAGAGACUCUUCAAAUCGAAAUUAACCGUUACGUCACUAAUAAACUAGAAAUGCCUUUGAAACACAUCAGACUGUACACCUAUCAAAUUGCCCGUGGGAUGCUUUAUUUGCACGGCCUUGGUGUGUGCCAUCGUGAUAUUAAACCGUCUAAUGUUCUUGUAGACCCAGAAACCGGUGUUUUAAAAAUCUGCGAUUUUGGUUCUGCCAAGAAAUUAGAGCACAACCAACCUUCAAUUAGUUACAUCUGUUCAAGAUUUUAUAGAGCGCCUGAAUUGAUCAUCGGUUGUACCCAAUACACCACUCAAAUUGAUAUAUGGGGGCUUGGUUGUGUCAUGGGUGAAAUGCUGAUUGGUAAAGCCAUCUUCCAAGGUCAGGAACCGCUUUUACAACUAAGGGAAAUUGCCAAAUUGUUGGGUCCUCCGGAUAAAAGAUUCAUUUUCUUUUCGAACCCUGCUUAUGACGGUCCUUUGUUCUCCAAACCACUAUUUUCGGGCUCUUCGCAGCAGAGAUUCGAGAAGUACUUUGGUCAGUCCGGCCCGGAUGGUAUCGAUCUUUUAAUGAAAAUAUUGGUUUACGAACCACAACAAAGACUGUCCCCAAGAAGAAUCCUUGCGCAUCAGUUCUUCGACGAACUGAGGAAGGAUGCCACAUUCCUGCCAAGAGGCUACACUGAACCAAUCAAGCUGCCACAUUUGUUUGAUUUUAAUGAUUUUGAGUUACAGAUCCUGGGCGAAUUUGCAGAUGUAAUUAAACCGAAGGAAACUACUGAAUAG